CUGCCGGUCAUUGCUGCAACUUGAUAUUUCAGACGACAUUCUCAUUUCUGUCAAGAGUUGUGGAAGGUCCACUGAAAAAAUAUCACACUUUGUGUAUUUUCUUCUUUGUAGAAUCACUAAACCGCUGGUUUUGCGUCAGAAGAAACUGGGAACAGAGAGGGAUACGAUUUGCACAAGUUUGUUGAAUUCAGUCUCCAUCACUGGAUGUGCAGCAUGCCUGCAAUCGGGUUGUCGCCGAGACAGCAGAAGCAGCGGCGGCGGAUGUCGGACGCCAAGCACCGCGCCAGUGUGGCCGCCAGCUACAAACAGCUGCAGAAAGUUCUGCCCAGCACAUACGACUACCACGGAGUCAAAGAAAUAUCUAGGCAAACCAAGAUAGUACGGGCUGCUGUGAGUCACAUCAACAAACUGGAGGAAACGCUUGACAAAAUCUUGAAGCUCAGAGCAUGCAAGUUUGGAGACAAGGCUGGAUACAGUAAGACCCUGUACAUGGUCAGGAGACAGUUCAGGGAACAGUUUCUCCACAGUGAGGCCAUCCAGGCACAAAGCAGGGAAAAGAAAACAAAAAAGAGAGUAUACCAGAGGAAGAAGAAAUUGGUCAAUGUUGCUGAACUCCCAACUUGCUUGUCAGUGACAGAAAGUGUCUCCCCACGGAUAGUUCCUUCCAAAGUACACUCCAUGACAAGUACUAAAACGGGAAUGGUCCAUUUGGACGAGGUGGGGGUUGAGGUGCCUUCCCAGCUCAGUUCAUCAAUAGCAAAUCAAGUCAAGCACAACAAUAAAGUUAGAUCCCACAGCUCUGAGAGGGAUGGGCCAAAGAUCCCAAGUCAUGGAGAAAGGUGUCCUACAGAUCAAAUGCUUACCAGCGCUAUGUCGGACAUUACCAAAAAUACCAGCACAAUACCAGGCACAUGUACGACUAAGCACGAUCACCAUGAAGUUGCAGGGAAAAUGCCAGUUCCCAGUGGAUCAACAGCAGUCUGGGAUGCCACUGGUCCUGAGACAGUCCCAAGGAAUCACCAUUUUGUAACUUCUACACCUAAGAUGCUCGUGAGGCCUAAGGUGUUCUCAAGUCCUGAUCCUGUCAGAUCAUACAAGGAAUUUGAAGGGUACCUGCUGUUCUAUGAGCACAUGGUGAACCAGCUGCAGGAACAGCUGCUGCUGCCCACCCAGCACCUGCACAGCACGCAGAUGUCCACCACUAUACAGGAGAUCUGGAAGGAAUUGCCUGUUGGAUGCCGUAAAGCCAUCACUUCAACAGCAACGGCUGAGGUCCCAAAGGCAGCCAAGCUGUCCCGCAUGAAGGCCGUGGUGUCUGUCAGUAUGGACAGGGCAUCCCUUCAGAGGAGGAGAGCCAAGGAGGACAGCUGUGGAGAAGGGUUGUCUUCUUUCAGUGGAAAGGGAUGUUCAGAAGUGACAGCAUGUAAGCUGGCCAGCCCGCUGCCUUGUGAGGCUGAUUUCCACAAGUUCCUGGAGCAGCAGGGGGUUGAGCUGGCCCAGUUGGUGAAGGACACCUCCCCUACCGACACGGAGGGGGACUACCUGGACUGGAGUGAAGAUGAGGAUGAGGAGAAUGAAUAUGUGGUGAUUCUGGAUGAUAAAAUGGGAUUUGGAAAUCCCCAGACAUGUUUGAUGCACUGUGAUGCAGAGGUUCCAACUUUUAGCACACCAGAUGUAGAAGAGAAGAGGGAACAUUCUGCUCAAGUCGUGCCCAGUGCUUAUAGCAGUAUCAAACAAGAACCAACUGUCAUCAAUGAUGCAGUUCUAGCAACCAAUUCAAAUGUGCUAGCAGGAAGAAAAGACAAAUCAGCCAUGCAUUUGGGUGUCAGGAAUGUCAAAAAAGAGCCAAUGUGGAAUGGAAGUAGUGAUGGAGAAGACGCCUUACCCAACAAAGGGAACUGCCCAGUUCCUCGUGUGUUUGGAGAAGUGUCCCCUGCUACAGGGUUUAGGUCCCCAGUUUUAAAGGACAAAGCUCGGGCCAGGCUACCAGCUGAUGGGACCUACAUUUGGACUGUUGAUGUCGAUGAACAGUCUUUGGAUCUGGACAAGAUCUUUAAGAAUGGAGGGAAAAGCAAGGCAGCUAUGCUGCCCCAACAGCAGGACCUCCUGCGUAGCCCCACCUACCAGUCCCUCUUGAGCUCGGGGUUCCUGCCACACCCUCCCACCACUCCUGACUCCUCCCACCAGGUUGUGCCAGACCUAGGUUCUCCUCGUGACAUGCUCACAGACAGGGACGGCUACAGGGAGUUCUGGUCUCCUGAGGAGAGCCUGUUCAGCCUGGAGAAGCCCAUGGAACCCCUGUCUGAGAUGGACCAGUCCACCACCAGCCACAGUCUGGAGUGUGAGGAGGACUCCAGGGACUUGGAUGAUGAUGACCUGUGAUUCCUCUCACUCAACAAACUCUUCAACUGUGGAGACUAGUAGGCUUUUUAUUCAUUAGUGUUCCUAGUUCUUAAACUCUACUGGUCUUCUGUUUGUCCCGGUUAAGUUUGGACUUUGCUGCAAUGUAAAUAGGCACUGCAUUUGGACUUUGUUUCAACUCUAGGGACCUGGAUGAUGAUGACCUGUGAUUCCACUCACUCAACAAUCUCGCAAACUUUCAAGACAGUAGGCUUUCAUUCAUUAGUCUUCCCAGCUCUCAAAACUAUACUAGUAUUAUGUUGGUCCUGGUUAAGUUUUGGACUUUGAACUCCAGGGACUUGGAUGAUAAUGACUUGUGAUUCCACUCGCACAACAAUCUCUUCAACUUUGGAGACUAGUAGGCUUUUAUUCAUUAGUGUUCCUAGUUCUUAAACUCUACUAGUCUUCUGUUCGACCCAGUUUGGGUGGGAAUUUGUUGCAAUGUAAAUAUCUUUAUGUCAAUGAAGAAUGUGCACAUAUUACACCGGAAAGUUGUGAAAGUUUUGGAUAAAUCGGGUAUUAGGAUGAAAGACUUGCCAGUUUUGUUCAGUUUUUAAAUUGUGAUGAGGUAUCUAAAUAAGUUAAAGGUUGCUCACUGAUUGUUGUGCUUCUUAGAUUGCAAUGUUGAAAGUUUAAUAUUACAGCUACAGUGUGUGUGUUGUAUUUAUUGUGGGACUCAUCCACAUGUAUGCCAGACUAUACAAGACUGCUGUAACCUUGUAUACUGUGCAGUUCCUGCACUUACCUGCUUAUCUUGGUACAAUGUAGUUGGUAUUGUGAUGAAACUAACUGAAAAGAUGAGUAAAUUCUUUGUUCCAUUUUUACAACUAGUGAAUUUUCCUAGUGUGACCACUUUUCUUUCAUUUGAAUAGAACAGUUGUAAAUAAGGCUAGCAGCUAUAGCUUGAAAUAGUGCUAUAUCCAAUAUGAAAUGAACCAUACUUCAGUUAUAACAAGAAAGCUUCUUGCAUACCAAACCUCCUUGAAGUACUUGAUCUGCUAUUGGCAGUGUACAUGUACAUGUAUCUACAGAUCUACAUGCUAAUUGUCCAAAUGAGCAUAAAAACAUAUCUAAAGUGAUGAAAACACCAUGUUGAUGUGAUGGGUAUGUAAUAAAUAUUUAAUAAUUAUGGCAUUGACAAUGUUGUUUGCUAAAGGAGGUUUCCAGUCAAUAUUUGUAACACAUCGGAAAAAUCAACAUCAGAGAUAGGCACCUUAUGGUAAUAACACUCAUUUCCACAAUUUUAUCAGCACUAUGUGCAUACUGGUACAUGGUGUACAUGGUGACAUACAUGUAUAUUUUGCUAUUAAACCAGAUAGAAACAAUAUCUUACAGCCAUAAAUUUACCACAA